ACAUAUUGAAAGGGCCUGAGACGAAAAGAGAGAGCAGGUGAUGAUGAUGGUGAAUCGUAGCCGUCGGAUCUUGGCCGGAGCCUCGUCGUUGAUUAGAAGUCUAAGUACGGCUGUCGAGGCGGAGGCGGAGGCGGUGGCGGAGGUGGCGCCGGUGGCGAGGCGUGGAAAAGAAGGGAGGCUUUACCGAAGGUUGUCGGCAUUGGGAGCCACAAAGGGGACGGUGGCACCGACGUUAAAUAACUACGUUAGGGAGGGCAGGGUCAUCAAAAAAUAUGAGCUCGUGACGUGCAUCAAGGAACUCCGAAAGUACGGCAGAUACCAACAUGCCCUCGAGAUAAUGGAAUGGAUGGAGAAAAGGGCUGUCAACUUUUCACUUCGUGACCAUGCAAUACGCUUAGAUCUUAUAUCUAAAGCCCAAGGUAUUGAUGCAGCUGAACAUUACUUUAGUGGCCUCCCACCAUAUGCCAAGAACCAAUUUACUUAUGGAGCUCUCCUGAACAGCUAUUGUGUCGAGAAAAUGACAGACAAGGCAUUGACUCUCUUUGAGGAGAUGGAUGGGUUGAACUUUGCUUCUUCUCCCUUGGCUUUUAACAAUCUUAUGGCUCUAUAUAUGAGAUUAUGCCAGCCUGAAAAGGUACCUCCCUUGGUACAAAAAAUGAAGGAUCAGAAUAUCUCACUUGACACAUUUUCUUAUAACAUCUUGAUGCAGAGUUAUUCGUGUAUGAAUGACAUUGAUGGGGUGGAAAGGGUUUUUGAGGAGAUAAAGAAAGACAACGGAAAAAUGUGUGAGUGGACAACGUACAGUAAUUUGGCUGUAGUAUAUGUGAAGGCUGGACUUCAUGAAAAAGCCAAGUUAGCUCUUAAAGAGCUGGAGGAAAACAUGGGGCCUCGUAAUCGUGAGGCAUUCCAUUAUCUGAUAAGCUUGUAUUCUGGAAUAUCUAAUCUAGGCGAGGUCCACCGGAUUUGGAAUUCGCUGAAAUCAAGUUUCGAAAAGACCAACAAUAUGAGUUAUCUUGUCAUGCUUCAAGCUCUUGCAAAACUGAAUGACAUUGAUGGGUUGAAGAAAUGCUUUGAGGAAUGGGAGUCAGGUUGUUCUAGUUAUGAUAUGAGGUUAACAAAUACAGCUAUUGGUGCUUACCUAAGACAUGACAUGAUCAAAGAAGCUGAAUCAGUCUUUCAUCGCGCCAUUGAGAGAUCAUCUGGACCCUUCUUCAUGGCUUGGGAAUUCUUCAUCAUUUUCUAUUUGAAGAACAAUCAAAUUGAUUCAGCCCUGAAGUGCAUGACAGCAGUUAUAUCUGGAGUCAAGAACAAUGAAUGGCAACCGAAACCGGAACAUGUAAAUUCGUUUCUGAAGUAUUUUGAGGAAGAGAGAGAUGUUGAUGGUGCCGAGGAAUUCUGCAAGAUUUUGAAGGAAGUAAAUUGUCUUGAUUCCAAUUCCUGCAAAUUAUUGCUUAAGGUUUACGUAGCCGCUGGCAAGACAGAGCCAGAGAUGCGUCGAAGGAUCGAGGGACAUGGGAUUGAAAUGAGCUGCGAGCUUGAAGAAUUGCUACAAAGGGUUUGCCCUGCAUAAAUUGAGGUCCAAAUUUCCCAAAUUUGACAUUGGUUAUUGGAUUUAACUUCUGUACGCUUGUUGGAUGGGUUGAAUGAUGCCCCUCAAUCUCCUGAAUAUCUUGUUGGGCAUUUGGAACAGGAUUAGUUAUUAGGCAUAUAUUGCCCCAGGUGUGCCCUGUACUCUCAUGAAUUGUCUUUUUUUUUUUUGGUUCCUCUGAUAUGGGUUUGUAA